AUGUUCAGGAAUUCGGUGAGCCGUCUUGGGCUAGAAAGAGCCUCUCAGAGGUUCUUUUCCCAGACUUUGAAAAAUACCCAGAAGUCUCAGGGUUCCCAGGAGUACUUGUCCAAGUUCUACUCUCCAGAGAUGCUACAAAGUCUUAAAAUCACAGAGUCCUUGGUUGACCCAAAAACAUACAUCGAAAUGAAGAAAGGAGGCAGAGGCGAAAGAUCCAAGGUUGCUCCAGACGCCAGCAAGCGUUUUUCAGAGACAGACCCUAAGUGGGACGAACCUAUCCUUUACCCUAACCAGGGUCUUGGGCUGACUCCAUACGCUCCAAUCCCUAGAGAAGCUAAUCCAGACACAUCCGACUUGAAAAUGCGUUUUACGGUUGACGAGAGCACAGCUGAACGUAAACCAAGAGUGGACUUCCGUGCCAACCGUGUGGAAAAAGUAGCUCUUCUAACCGGGUUCAACAAGGACUACAUUCGUCGUUUGCACGUUGUGAACGUGCUUGUCAAGCGUGUAUCGUGUCAGACAUCGAAAGGUAAAAUUCCAAACUUCUACGCCAUGACCAUUGUCGGUGACAGGAACGGUAUGGUUGGUAUGGGUGAAGGUAAGUCUAGACAAGGUGUGAAGACCGCUUUGGAGAAGGGAUUCUUCAGUGCCGUCAAGAACCUCCAGCCUAUUGCACGUUACGAAGACAGAACCAUCAUUGGUGAAAUCGACUACAAGUUCCACGCCGUGAAGUUGCUGUUGAAGUCUGCACCAGCUGGUUUUGGUCUUAGAAUCAACCCAGUGCUUUUCGAGGUCUGCGAGGCCGCCGGUAUCAAGGACUUGAGAGGCAAGAUCACCAGAUCGAGAAACAGAAUGAACACAGUCAAGGGCUUUUUCGAGGCCUUGACCAAGGAGAGAUCCAUUGAAGAGUUGGCUGCGGGCAGAGGUAAGAAGAUUGUCGACUUGAGAAAGGUGUACUACUCGGCAUAA